GCGGACUUGCCCCAUUCUGAUUUGCGCCAAGGUUGUUUGUUGCCAGAUAGCUGUGCUCUGGGUCCUCUCUUUCUGGUGGCAAAGCAAGGUAAAUUGGAGUGGUUCCUGCUGGUUGUUUACACACGAGCACCACCACACACUCACACACACAAACACAGACUGCGAAAGCGAGGUGAACACUAAGACAUGGCAGAGCUAAUCACAAAGAAACAGAAGCUCAAUUUGAAAGCAUACCACCAUGUGGCUUCCUACCCGGUUUUGGAGGAGACGGCAGACUAUGCCGUGUCGUUUUCGUUUGUCAAGCUGCUAGCUGAUCAGGCGUCCAGCACGUUGCACCAGCUCCUUGCGUACCUAUCCUCGUUCGAGUUGGUGGUAUCCUACUGGAACUACAUCGACGCAACGUUGGAAGGCUGGUUGAGCAGCUUGGACGGCAGGGUCCCGAUCCUCAAGUCGGCCUCCUUCCAGUCGGCGUACAAGGGCGUUCAGGACUACUACAACUCGAUCAUUGCUAGCAUAAGCGCAAAACUGAGCUCGUUAUCAAAGUCCGUGCAGCCAGCCGCGGACAGAGUCACCAAGUUCUUUGACCCGGUUCUCAAGGUUACCAACGACUACUACGAGUAUGUGCUCAACUUGAUUCUGCCAUACUCCAAGCAACUGGAGGCAGACCUCAAGGAGGCGCCGGAAACUGUGAGAACGCAGUACCAGAGAACGUUGUCCCUCUUUGGCGAGACUUACCACCGGCUUUCUUCCACUGCGUCGAACGUGUCCAAGAUCCCAUCCCACGUCACCACUACCUACAAGAACGAGUUGAAAGAGUCGACGUCCACCACACAAGCGGUCUCAAAGACAACCAGAAAGCUCUCAAACGACGCCUACCAGACCAUCAAGCCCACUUUGGACCGGGUGGUUGGCGUCGGCAACAACGCCGCCACCUCCACCAUCGACAAGGUGGAGCCUGUCGUCGGCGAGUUGAAGGAUUCGAUUGCCCACGCCACUGGCGUUGAAGUUCACUGAUGGGGAAAAGCUAAGGACCUUGGACAGGUCUAAUUUUUACCCCUUUUCCCCCCUGGUCUGAUUUAAUUCAUAUUCAAUUCUCCCUAUAUUUGUCUUUCAUACUGAACCCAGACGGGUUGUUGUUCUUGUUCCCCUAUCCCUUAUUUUCUCGCCCAUACCUGUUUUUCUCCUUCUCCCCCAUUCUUUAUUCCUUAUCUUUUUUUUCCUAUCCCUCUCCUGCCCCUUAUUCCUUUUAUAACUUCUGCAUGCUCAUGCGUGCACGCGUUCGGCCGGUGUCUAUUUUUCUUUGUUUGUGUCUCUUGCUCCCGUCGCUAUUGUCUUUAAUAUUAUCCGGUGUCUAUAUAAAAAUUCCACUGUUCACAUAUA